UAAGCUUCUCUCGAAAGAAAAUGUAUGAGAACUGAGGUGAUUAUAGACACUUGAAUUUUUGUAUAAAGAGUUCUUAUAAUCUCAUUCGACUCUGCCAUGAAAAACUGUGGAAAUGAAACAACUUUACUCUUUCAAAUCUUUUUCCUAUGCGUGACAGAUUAUUAAAAUCGUAAAGUGUAAAAUCUAUCUAGUCUCCGCCGUUUAAAUCCGAUCUGUUCGAGCAAUAUGUUAUUCGAAAAACUGACUGAAUACGUGUAACUUCGAACUUUUUUGAAGCUAAAAAUUAGCUUUCUAAAGAUCGGAUUAGAGCAAAAUCAGAGUUGCUAAUGCUAAGUGGAAUUUGUGAAAAAGUAAACAAGCCGCAAUUCUAUAUAGCUAUAGCACAGUAUCAAAAUUCUUAAAUGAGAAAAAACUGAUUUUUCCUUAUCUUCUUUACAAAUAUCUAGCACUAGAUGAACUACGUAAGAUUCAAACAAUGAAUUUCCUACGUUCAUCCUUAUCCACAUCUAUUCUCGACAGUUUGGUACCUACAUCAGAUGCAUUCGCGUAUCAUUGCAAACGAGUAUUACGUGCAAUGAAAGCCUUACAAUCCUACAUUUGGUGUCAAGCAACAAAAAACAAUAUUGAUUAUCCACCAUUGGAAGGUAAUGGAUUUACAAGAGAUGUAGAAGAUAAAUUAAUAGUUGAAUGGAAGCAAUGUAGUUCAGUGCCAGAUGUGAAAACCAGUACAUCAUUACAAAUUACUGGUCUUGAUUUCGACGUUCUACAGUCAGAUGAAGAUGAAGAUGAUGAUAGCAGUGUUGAAUCGGACGUUUCAUACGAAUUUGACUAUGAUUUUGACGAUGAUGAUGGUACUGAAAAUUUAACAGACUUAGAGCAUCUGAAUACGGCUACGGCUCAAUCUGUCGAGUAUCCGUAUACAGAAUUACUUGCGGAUGGAUUUUUAUGA